AUGGUGAUUAUUUGUUUACAAAUCUAUUUCACGCAAUUGUUAUUUCCAAAUUUUAUUAAAAACCAUUAUAUUUGAAAAUAGUUGGACUGUGCAUAUAUAAGAUAUUAAUUUAAAUUUAUACAAAAAUAUUAAAACAAACAAUAUUUUUAUAUCCAUAACUACUAAUAAAAUAAAGUUUAAAACAUCAAUACUUGCAAUGAAAAAUGGAACAUUUUUUUAGUAGGGAUUGAAUCAAUAAAAUGGUUUUAAUAAAAUUAUGUAUUUAAUAAUAAUUUUUUUUUUUGAUUAUUGUUGUCGUGACUAUUAAACUUAACUGUAAUAAAAUUUUAUUCAUGUUGAUGAAUGUGCGUUUUUCUUAAAUCCAAAUUUUUACAUUGACCUCGAAAUCGAUUAUCAUUAUUAGAAAUUAAUUCCAUAAUGUCAAAUUUUUGUAUAUUUUAUUUUUAAUACUAUAUCACUAAAAACUUCAAAUCCCAAACGUACCACAGUACCCAUGUUAUGUGAAAAAGACUAUACAAUUUUAAGUAAUUUUCGAAGUCAUAGAACUGGCAACUUUUCUUGUUCGUUUUAUUUUUUGUAUGCUACCAACCAACCAAUCUUAAUUUGCUACCAACAUUAAGAUUCAUUUCAUUGGAAUCUCCGAUUAGCAGUGUGUUGUGUUUGUGUUGUUUCACUGUUCGUUCAUUUUCAUGCAAUAGUGUAGGCAAAUCAGUUACAGUGUCUUAUUGUGUUAUCGUAAUGUGAUCUUUUGUUGUUUUUUAAUAUUACAGUGUUACCGUGCCGAUUUUCGUCUGUGAUAAAAUGACUUAAAUUUGUUACGAUGUUUUAGUGGUCAUAGUAAUUGUGUAAAAUGGGUUUGAUAACGUCAAGGGAGCAAACAAUGCUGGACGGCCCGGUUGCGUCGACGAAGUCCAAUCAUGUACGGCAGCCGUCCACAAGGAAUCGGACUAAACCUCCUAUGCCUGAUCGGGAUGAGCUCGAAAGUAGAUUCAUCAAAGUUUUGACGUCUAUGGAUCUGCCCCCGGAUAAGGUGAAGCUACUACGCAAUUAUGACCUGGAGAAGAAGUGGGAGAUCAUCUGCGACCAGGACAUGGUGCAGGCGAAGGACUCACCCACACACUACCUCAACAAACUACGCACAUACCUCGACCCCAAAGCUUCCAGGAGUCAUAGGAAAAGAAAAAUGGUUGGCGAUUCAACGUCGACGCAAGUUCUUAGGGAUCUGGAAAUAUCGUUACGGACGAAUCACAUCGAAUGGGUCCGAGAGUUCCUGAACGAACAGAAUCAGGGUUUGGACGUGCUCAUCGACUACCUGAGCUUCAGGCUGAGCAUGAUGAGGCAUGAGCAGCGGAUAGCCCUCGCCAGAAGCCAAUCGAGUGACGGCAUCAAUCAAGGUAGGUAACAAGAAUUUUUGGGUGUACCUUCGUUGUCUCAGAUGCUUCAUAAUACGGAAAACUUAGCUGGAAUCUGAACUAUAUGUGUGUGAUGUUGUUUAAUCAUCAUCAUGAUCAGUCCUUUUACGUCCCCAGUGCAGGGGUUUCAGGCCUUU